AUGCUCACCUUCCAGAUCUGCUCCCUGGAAACCGAAACGCCGACAGCUGGCUGUACCUUUGAGGAAGAUGGGGACCUAAACCAAUGUGACUAUAGCCAAGGCAUGGAGGACGACUUUGAGUGGGAACUAGUCCAGAGCUACAUCAUGCCCCAUCUGACCUCUGAUCUUCCUCAUGGAUCCUACCUGAUGGUCAACUCCUCCCAGCAUGCUCAGGGGCAGAAAGCUCACAUCCUCUUCCAGACGCUAAGUGAGAAUGACACCCAUUGUCUCCAAUUCAGCUACUUCAUGUACAGCCGUGAUGGGCACAGCCCUGGGACUCUGAAUGUCUACGUGAAGGUGAAUGGUGGUCCACUGGGCAGUGUGGUGUGGAAUGUUUCUGGCUCCCACGGACGCCAGUGGCACCAAGUGGAACUGGCUGUCAGCAUGUUUUGGCCCAAUGAGUAUCAGGUUCUGUUUGAGGCUGUGAUCUCCAGCGAACGCAGAGGUUACCUAGGAUUGGAUGAUAUCCUGCUCUUAAAUUAUCCCUGCUCCAAAGCACCUCAUUUUUCCCGCCUGGGUGACGUGGAAGUGAACGCGGGUCAGAAUGCUACUUUUCAAUGUGUAGCUGCUGGGAAGGCCUCCGAAGCAGAGAGGUUUCUCAUGCAGAGGCAGAAUGGAGCGAUUGUACCGGCUGCCUCCGUGAAACACAUCAGCCACCGGAGAUUCUUGGCGACCUUUCAGUUGGACAAGGUUUCCAAGCAGGAGCAGGAUUUUUACCGCUGCGUUACCCAAUCCAGCAGGGGUGCUGGCGUCUCCAACUUUGCUGAAUUGAUUGUGAAAGAGCCUCCCACCCCCAUCGCACCCCCGCAGCUGCUAAGAGCCGGUUCUACCUACCUGAUCAUCCAGCUCAACACCAACUCCAUAAUCGGGGAUGGUCCCAUUGUAAGGAAAGAAAUCGAGUACCGCAUGACCUCGGGCCCGUGGUCAGAAGUGCACGCUGUGAACAUGCAGACCUACAAGCUGUGGCACCUGGAUCCUGACACCGAGUAUGAGAUCAGCGUCCUGCUCACCCGACCAGGGGAUGGGGGGACGGGCAGACCUGGGCCUCCGCUCAUCAGCAGGACCAAGUGUGCAGAGCCAAUGAGGGCCCCCAAAGGCCUCGCCUUUGCUGACAUCCAGUCUCGGCAACUGACGCUGCAGUGGGAGCCCCUGGGCUACAACCUGACAAGGUGUCACACAUACACUGUCACCCUCUGCUAUCGCUACGCCUUGGGGACGGGCCACAACCAGACCUUCCGGGAAUGUGUGAAGAUGGAGCGCAAUGUCAACCACUACACCAUCAAGAACCUGCAGCCUUACAAAAACGUCCACGUCAAACUCAUCCUCUCCAAUCCCGAAGGGCGGAAAGAAGGCAAAGAGAUGAUCUUCCAGACUGACGAAGAUGUCCCUGGAGGCAUUGCUUCAGAGUCUCUAACAUUCACUCCCCUGGAAGACAUGAUUUUUCUGAAGUGGGAGGAGCCAGUGGAGCCCAAUGGACUCAUCACACAGUACGAGAUCAGCUACCAGAGCAUUGAAUCCUCUGACCCUGCAGUCAACGUGCCUGGUCCUCGGCGCACUGUCUCCAAGCUCCGAAAUGAAACCUAUCAUGUUUUCUCCAACCUGCAUCCGGGAACCACCUACCUGUUUUCAGUGCGGGCACGGACUGGCAAGGGCUUUGGCCAGACAGCGCUGACGGAGAUCACCACCAACAUCUCAGCUCCCAGUUUUGAUUAUGGAGACAUGCCUUCACCCUUGGGAGAGUCAGAGAGCACCAUCACUGUUCUGCUGAGGCCGGCGCAGGGCAGAGGGGCACCAAUCAGCACAUACCAAGUCAUUGUGGAAGAAGACAGGCCGAAGAAGAUCAAGCGGGAGGUCGGGGGCCAGGAGUGCUUUCCAGUGCCCCUCACCUUUGACGAUGCCAUGUCCCGUGGCUCUGUUCACUACUUUGGAGCUGAACUGCCUCCCAGCAGCCUCACAGAAGCCAAACCUUUCACUGUUGGAGACAAUCAAACAUACAACGGCUACUGGAAUCCACCCCUGGAGCCCAAGAAGGCAUAUCUCAUCUAUUUCCAGGCCAUGAGCAAUCUCAAAGGGGAAACAAGGCUGAACUGCAUUCGAAUUGCCCGGAAAGCGGCUUGCAAAGAGAGCAAACGUCCCCUGGAAGUGUCCCAGCACUCAGAAGAGAUGGGCCUCAUCCUGGGCAUUUGCGCCGGAGGGCUGGUGGUGCUGAUCAUCCUCCUGGGAGCAAUCAUUGUUGUCAUUCGAAAGGGGAAACCUGUCAACAUGACCAAAGCUACCAUCAAUUACCGCAACGAGAAGACACACAUGAUGAACGCGAUUGAUCGGAGCUUUACUGACCAGAGUACUUUGCAAGAGGAUGAGAGGCUGGGUUUGUCCUUUAUGGAUACGCACAACUACAGCAAUAGAGACCAGCGCAGCAGUGUAGUCAAUGAAUCUAGCAGCUUGUUAGGGGGCUCACCACGGCGACAGUGUGGACGCAAAGGCUCCCCCUAUCACACUGGACAGCUCCACCCUGCUGUCCGAGUAGCUGAUCUUCUUCAGCACAUCAACCAGAUGAAGACUGCAGAAGGCUACGGAUUCAAGCAGGAGUAUGAGAGUUUCUUUGAAGGCUGGGAUGCUUCAAAGAAGAAAGACAAGACCAAAGGGAGACAGGAUCACUUGCCAACCUAUGAUCGGCAUCGCGUUAAGCUCCACCCCCUUCUUGGCGAUCCCAACUCAGACUAUAUCAAUGCCAACUACAUUGAUAUUCGGAUAAACCGAGAAGGCUACCACAGAUCCAACCACUUCAUAGCCACCCAAGGUCCUAAACAGGAGAUGAUCUAUGAUUUCUGGCGGAUGGUGUGGCAGGAACACUGUUCCAGUAUAGUGAUGAUAACAAAACUGGUGGAGGUGGGAAGGGUGAAGUGCUCCAAGUAUUGGCCAGACGACUCUGAGAUGUAUGGAGAUAUUAAAAUUACCCAGGUGAAUUUGGAGACACUGGCAGAAUAUAUCGUGAGAACAUUCACACUGGAGAGGAGAGGCUAUUCUGCAAGGCAUGAGGUGAAGCAGUUCCACUUCACAUCAUGGCCAGAACAUGGGGUGCCUUACCAUGCCACUGGGCUCCUGGCAUUCAUUCGCAGAGUGAAGGCUUCUACGCCUCCUGAUGCAGGACCCAUUGUUAUCCACUGCAGUGCUGGCACCGGAAGGACCGGCUGUUACAUUGUCCUGGAUGUGAUGCUGGACAUGGCAGAGUGCGAAGGAGUUGUGGACAUUUACAACUGUGUGAAGACACUGUGCUCACGAAGAAUCAACAUGAUCCAGACAGAGGAGCAGUACGUCUUCAUCCAUGAUGCCAUCUUGGAAGCCUGCCUCUGUGGAGAGACCAGUAUCCCUGUCAGUGAGUUCAUGCCUACAUACAAAGAGAUGGUGAGGAUAGAUCCGCAGAGCAACUCAUCACAGUUGCGGGAGGAGUUCCAGACUCUGAACUCUGUAACACCCCACCUGGACGUGGAGGAGUGCAGCAUCGCUCUUCUGCCACGCAAUCGGGAAAAGAAUCGCAGCAUGGAUGUCCUGCCUCCAGACCGGUGCCUCCCCUUCCUCAUCUCCAUGGAUGGAGACAGCAACAACUACAUCAACGCGGCCUUAACCGACAGCUACACGAAGAGUGCUGCCUUCAUUGUGACUUUGCAUCCACUGCAGAACACCAUCACCGACUUCUGGAGGCUGGUCUAUGACUACGGCUGCACCUCCAUCAUCAUGCUAAACCAACUCAACCAGUCCAACUCUGCCUGGCCUUGUUUGCAAUAUUGGCCAGAACCAGGACUCCAACAGUAUGGUCCUAUGGAAGUUGAAUAUGUUUCUAGAUCCACAGAUGAAGAUGUUAUCACUCGCCUUUUCCGAGUCCAGAAUAUAACACGGGAGGGUCACCUGAUGGUCCAGCACUUUCAGUACUUGAGAUGGUCAGCUUACAGAGACACCCCUGAUUCAAAGAAGUCUUUCCUGCAUUUAUUGGCCCAGGUGGAGAAGUGGCAGGGGGAGAGCGGUGAUGGGAGAACAGUUGUGCAUUUUUUGAAUGGGGGUGGACGGAGUGGCACUUUCUGCGCCUGCACCAUGAUUCUGGAGAUGAUCAAGUGCCACAAGAUGGUGGACGUUUUCUUUGCUGCAAAAACCCUCCGAAACUACAAGCCAAAUAUGGUUGAGACUUUUGAACAGUACCACUUCUGCUAUGACUUAGCCCUGGAAUACUUGGAAUCCCUGGAGACCAGAUAGCACCUUGCCAGGUGCCCGCAAGCAAGUGUUUGUUUUGGGUUCAUGCCAGACAUGCAUUUUGCACCCAGACAAUGAGUAAGAGCAAAAGGGAGGAAGGAAAAGAAAUAUACUAAAAACAAAACUCAUGAAAGUGAUGGGGUCACAACGUCUAUCCCUUACCUUCAUCUGUCCCCCUUUUCUCCCACUCUUGCCCCUCUCCCAGGGGGCAGACCAGAGGCCACCCAAACUCAUUCCAGGUACACAGUGACGUGUACAUGCCAG